AAGAGAGGGGGUCGGCAUGGAAGUGAAGGAUGCCAGCGCUGCGCUGCUCAGUAACUAUGAGGUGUUCCAGUUACUAACUGAUAUGAAAGAGCAGCGUAAAGAAAGUGGAAAGAAUAAACACAGUUCUGGGCAACAGAACUUGAAUACUAUCACGUAUGAAACAUUAAAAUACAUAUCAAAAACACCAUGCAGGCACCAGAGUCCUGAGAUUGUGAGAGAAUUUCUCACAGCAGUGAAAAGCCACAAGUUAACCAAAGCUGAAAAGCUUCAGCUGUUGAAUCACAGGCCAGUGACUGCUGUUGAGAUCCAGCUGAUGGUGGAGGAGAGUGAAGAACGGCUGACAGAGGAGCAGAUAGAGGCUCUGCUCCUCACUGUCACAAGCAUCCUCCCUGCGGGGCCAGAGGCUGAGCAGAAGCAGAAUACCAACGGUGACGUGACAAUGGAUGAAGAGGACCCAGCAUGGAACAGCACAACUGGCCCAAGUGUCUCGUGAAGUUGAAAGGCCUAGCAGCCGUUUCCCAGACAUUCAGAGGAUUAUUUAUUUGGUUUUACCUUCUAUCCUAACAGGCCUGAUUUCCUGGUUAGUUGGGUAAACCACAAAAA